UCGCCCGCCGCCAUGGCGCGCAUCCUGUGCAGCGACCCCAUUGACCCCGUGUGCCCGGAGCUGAUGCGCGCCGCGGGCCACGACGUCACGUGCGGCGCCGCGCCGCUGACGCACUCCGAGCUGGUGGCGCAGGUGGCCGACUACGACGUGCUCAUCGUGCGCUCGGGAUCGCGCGUGGACCGCGCCGUGCUGGACGCCGCGCAGCAGCUGCAGCUCAUCGGACGCGCCGGCACGGGCGUGGACAACAUCGACAUGGUGAACGCCACCAAGCAGGGCGUGCUGGUCAUGAACACGCCCUUCGGCAACACGCUCUCGGCCGCGGAGCUCACGCUGGGACUCAUCUCGGCCGUGUCGCGGCUGGGCCAGGCCGCCGGCGGCGAGCCGGCCGUGCGCAACUCGCAGAUCCACGGCAAGACGCUGGGCGUCGUGGGCCUCGGCCGCAUCGGCCGCGAGGUGGCCACGCGCUGCAACGCCUUCGGCAUGAACGUCAUCGGCUACGACCCGAUCCUGUCCAACGCCAGCGCCAAGGCGCACGACAUCGAGCCCGUGUCGCUGGACGAGCUCUUCUCGCGCAGCGACUACAUCUCGCUGCACGUGCCGCUCAACGCCAACACCAAGCACCUGGUCAACGCGCAGCGCCUGGCGCUCUGCAAGGACGGAGUCAAGCUCGUGAACGGCGCGCGCGCCGGGCUCAUCGACCACGAGGCGCUGCUGGGCGCCAUUGAGAGCGGCAAGGUGGCCGGCAUGGCCUUCGACAUCAACGCGCCGUCCCCGCCGUCCGACACCUGGAAGAAGCUCGUGAGCCACGACAACGUGAUCGUAACGCCCCACAUCGGCGCGCUCACCACGGACGCACAGCAGAAGGUGGCGCGCGACCUGGCCUACAAGGUGAGCGAUGCGCUGGCGGGCAAGUCAUUCAAGGGCGUGCUCAACGCGCCCAACAUCGACUUCGGCAAGCGGGAAGAGUUCAUGCCGCUGCUGUCGCUGGCCGAGAAGCUCGGCAGCAUGCAGGCGCAGCUGCUGGACGACAGCCGCCUCAAGCGCGUGCUCGUCAUCGCUGAGGGCCCCAAGGUCACGUCGUCUGAGUUGUCGGGCCAGCUGGUCAAGGGCGUGCUCAAGGGUCUGCUGUCACACAUGCUGGAGGAGGAGGUGACGUUUACAAACGCCAAGCAGCUCGCGGACGUCAUGGGUAUCCAGACGGUGGAGCACAAGCACGAUGAGGCCUCUGGCAGCAGCUUCUCGGACCAGCUCACCGUUAUUUUCGAGAAGGAGAACGGUACGUCCAAGAAGAUCACGGGUACCGUGUUCGGCAAGAACCAGCUGCGUCUCGUGUCCUUUGAUGAUCUCCCCAUGGACGCCAUCCCGAGCGGCUCCAUGCUGCUGUUUAACAACACGGACCAGCCUGGUGUUCUCCACAAGGUGACGUCGGUGCUGGCGAAUCACAAGAUCAACAUUGGCUGCUUCGGUCUCGCGCGUGAAGAGACUGGUGCCGCUGCCGUCAGCGUGCUGAAUGUGGACGAGGCCAUCCCGGACGAGGUGAUGGAUGAGCUGGAGGCCCUGGGAAACCUCACGAACCUGCGUCGCUUCCUCAAGCCCAACGCCAGUGCUCCUGAAGAGCACGCUGAGGCCGACGAGGCUGGAGUAGAGAUCGUGCGCCACCCGAAGCCGCGCGUCAAGCCUGCGUCGCCAAACUUUGGCUCGGGCCCGUGCAAGAAGCGCCCCGGAUAUUCUCUGGCUCAGAUCCCUGACAUCGUGCUGGGCCGUAGCCACCGCUCGAAGCUGGGCAAGGGUCUGCUGGAGGAGGCGAUCGUGCGUACCAAGAAGAUCCUGAAGCUUCCUGAGGACUACCACCUCGGCAUCGUGCCGGCUUCCGACACUGGCGCGUUCGAGAUGGCCAUGUGGUCGAUGCUGGGCGAGCGCCCCGUGGACGUGUGCUACUGGGAGUCGUUCGGCAAGCAGUGGUUCAAGGACGUCACGACGGAGCUUAAACUUGAGAAUGUGCGAGAGUUCGAUGCGCCGUUCGGCCAGAUCCCGGACUUCUCGCAGGUCAACUGCGACCACGACGUGCUAUUCACUUGGAACGGUACUACUAGCGGCGUGCGCGUCCCGAACGCCGACUGGAUCCCGGAUGACCGCAAGGGUCUGAUCUUCAAUGACGCGACGUCGGCUGCGUUCGCCAUGGAGAUGCCGUGGAGCAAAAUCGAUGUGUGCACGUUUAGCUGGCAGAAGGUGCUCGGCGGUGAAGGUGGCCACGGUGUCCUGAUCCUGAGCCCGCGUGCUGUGGAGCGCCUGGAGUCGUUCGUGCCGGAGAACCGUCCGAUGCCCAAGAUCUUCCGCCUGACCAACGCCACGACGGGCAAAUUCCUCAAGGGCAUCUUCGAGGGCAGCACCAUCAACACGCCGUCCAUGCUCUGCGUGGAGGACUACCUCGACGCCCUGCGCUGGACCGAGAGCGUGGGCGGCCAGGACGGCCUCAUCGCCAUCUCGCAACGCAACCUCAAGGUCGUGGAGGACUUCGCGGCCGAGAACUCGCGCUGGUUCAAGUUCCUCGCGGCGGACAAGGCCAUCCGCUCCAACACGUCCGUGUGUCUGCUGAUCGACGGCCUGAGCAAGGACGAGGUCAAGCAGAUGCAGGCGCUGCUCGAGCGCGAGCAGGUGGCGUACGACAUCGGCUCGUACCGGGACGCGCCCCCUGGCCUGCGGAUCUGGUGCGGCGCCACGGUGGAGACCAAGGACCUGGAGGCGCUGCUGCCCUGGAUCAAGUGGGCGUACCUCGAGGUCAAGAGCGCGCGCGACAGCACCAAGGCCGAGUAGACAGACGCUGAAGCAUUGCCAGCCACACGCUGAGCCACAGCACAGGUUCCCCAGGCUUCGCUUGUAUGUUGCCAAUAAACUAAACCGUUGCAGAUCCUGCACCAC